AUGUCCCAUAUUGCUUCAGAACAGCACCACGUUGAUACCGAUCUCAUCACCCUUACGAGAUUCAUCCUCACCUCUCAACAGAAAGUUGCGCAGAAUGCCACUGGUGAAUUGACCUUGUUGUUGAAUGCUUUGCAGUUUGCCUUCAAGUUCAUUGCAAAGAACAUCCGUAAGGCUGAGUUGAUCAACCUCAUUGGAUUGUCUGGUGCCUCGAAUUCUACUGGUGACCAACAGAAGAAGCUGGAUGUCAUUGGUGAUGAAAUCUUCAUCAACGCCAUGAAAGGUUCCGGUAACGUCAAGGUUCUUGUGUCCGAAGAACAGGAAGACUUGAUUGUAUUUGACGGUCCAGGUAACUACGCUGUUGUCUGUGACCCAAUUGAUGGUUCCUCAAACUUGGAUGCCGGUGUCUCUGUUGGUACCAUUUUUGGUGUCUACAAGUUGCUCGAUGGCUCUGUCGGUUCUAUCAAGGACGUUUUGAGACCAGGUACCGAGAUGGUUGCUGCUGGUUACACCAUGUACGGUGCCUCUUCACACCUGAUGCUCACCACUGGUCAAGGUCUUAACGGAUUCACCCUCGACGUAUCACUUGGUGAGUUCAUCCUCACACACCCUGACUUGAAGAUCCCACCACAGAGAUCCAUCUUUUCUGUGAAUGAGGGUAACUCAUACUACUGGCCAGAGCACGUUCAAAAGUUCUUUGCGGACUUGAAGAAGCCUCAGGAGAACGGUAAGCCAUACUCCGCCAGAUACAUCGGUUCCAUGGUUGCUGAUGUCCACAGAACUUUGCUUUACGGUGGUCUCUUUGCCUACCCUGCAGAUGCCAAAUCGAAAACUGGUAAGCUUAGAAUCCUGUACGAGUGUUUCCCAAUGGCUAUGAUUUUGGAGCAAGCCGGUGGUAAGGCUGUGAACGAUAAGGGCGAGCGUAUCUUGGAGAUGUUGCCAAAGGCCAUCCAUGACAGAUCAGGUAUCUGGUUAGGAUCCUCCGGUGAAGUUGACAAGUAUGUCGCUUGCAUUGGAAAGUAA